AUGCUCCCGAAUUCCCGGGCGACUCCGCCUGAGCGGCAACAGGAGCAGCAACCGAAACGACGCCGGGUCACCCAGGCAUGUAUCUCUUGUCGAACACGGAAAUCUCGCUUUGACUACCGUAGACACUUUCAAGAGAUUGAAGAUCGUCUAAAUCAGCUCGAGUCUCUGUUUGAUGAGGGUUCAGUAAAUGUCCAGAGCUCUUCCAUGAAACCAUGGAACACUGGAAACACGACCGAGCAUAAUGAUCGCAAUUCUAACACUCCUAACCUCAUUUCCACAAGUGAUGAUCCUCUAACAGGCUCUAUGGGAUCGGAUGAUCCCACGGAUGGAAUGGGGCAUUUUGUUUUUUCCGAUGAGGAAGAUCGCGCCUACUUUGGCCCGUCAUCCAAUAUCGCCUUCACGUCAGAUCUGUCUCGGGCGUUGAAACGUGUGUCACGUACCCGAGGCCGGUUAUCACCAGGCAACCAACAGACCACCACGCUACCAGAGUUUCACAUCGCGAGAGUCUCGCGUCCAAAUUCGCCGGUUCCCCGUGCAGCACCAUGGGUGGCAGAGGAUCAUCAAGAAGACAAUGUAUCGACGUCGUCAGUCUUCUAUCUGCCACCGGACCAGGAGACGUCAGCUCUGAUCGACCAGUACUUUGCCAACACAGGAUUGCUAUUUCCCUAUCUCCAUGAAGAGACGUUUCGUGAAACAUAUGCAAAGCUAAAACAUAGCAACGCGACUACACGGCGCACAUGGCUUGGGGUCCUUAAUAUGGUACUCGCCUUGGCCACGCACACGACGGUGCUGCAGAUAGGCCAAGUCGACAAGCGUCAAACACAAUCAGAAAGAUUUUAUCGCCGCGCUAACGGACUUUGUGCGGAGUAUGUGAUGAAUGGGGCAAGCCUAGAAAUUGUUCAGUAUCUGCUUCUAGUCAGUCAGUACAUGCAAGGUACAAAGUCAUCUAUUCAAACCUGGGCAACACAUGGGCUUGCCGUUAAAGUGGCUUUACAACUCGGGCUACAUUCGGCAGAAGCAUCCAAGCGAUUUCCCUCUAUUGAGCGUGAGAUUCGCAAGCGGACAUGGUUUGGCUGUAUUGUCCUUGACCGAACUCUGAGUAUGACAUUUGGCCGUCCUGCCUCGAUCCCAGAGAAUUAUUCUAGACUCGAACUACCUAUCUAUUUUGAUCUAAUUGAACCGCGCGAACGCGUGAUCGAGGCACGCCAUCGAUGCCGAUAUAGCACUGACUUUUUCAAUGCUACGAUUCGCCUUUAUUCCAUUCUAGGAAACGCUAUCGAUCUCCUCUACGAAGGAAAUUUGGGCAGCGAAGACAAAAUUCUCAACUACGAGCUGAUAACCCGUGUGCUACGUAUGCGUCAUUUACUCGAGGAGUGGACUGAACAAUUACCCAAACAUUUGGGGCUCAUCCGAGCGCAGAAUUGCACAUCCCAGCUUGGAAAGGACCCAACUAUCGACCGAUUCCGGACCAUCCUGACCCUGCGGUAUCACAAUAUCCGGCUUCUUAUCCAUCGCGUAGUUCUAGUUCGACUUUGUGACUCGCUUGACGACCUCAACGCGAGGGGCCAGGAUGUCCUGGCCUUGCAAGAUGUCGCCUGGAGUACGAUGCAAAUUGCUACCGACUCUGGAAAAUCAAACAGCAACCAAGUUAUUAUUCAAAAUACAACCAUGUUUACCCAAUCGAAUGAUUAUCAUCAAGACAACUCGGUUCCAGACGAGCAAAUUGCAGACCAGAAUCUGUCGUUUCUGGACUUUGACUUUAUGGCUAAUGAGUUGUUUGAUGUUACGGAUGACUUUUUGCAAGGUCGAAAUUUCUAA